ACCAAUCGGAGAGCGGCAAAGGAGACACAGAAUGCGCCCCGCCUCCGCCUCCCUUCCCCGCCCCGUGGGCGGAGCGGUUCUUUUCGGGCAGGCGCUGGCUGGGUAGUGAUGGCGGACGAUGGGGAUGGGAGGCUAAGGACUGAACAAGGAGCUGGCGGGGGCGCGGGUAGCCGCGGUCGCCGCGGCAUUGGAAGUUUUAAUCUUUACAACAGCCCUACUGUUGUGCAGAUCUUUCCAGGUACUCCAACACAGGAAGAUACAGCUGUAGAACAGACUAAAAGUAUUCUCUUUUUCCUAUUUCCAGAGGGUCCUUAUGGAAUAUUUGCUGGAAGAGAUGCCUCAAGGGGACUAGCAACUUUCUGUCUAGAUAAAGAUGCACUCAGAGAUGAAUAUGAUGACCUAUCAGACUUAAAUGCUGUACAAAUGGAAAGUGUUAGAGAAUGGGAGAUGCAAUUUAAAGAAAAGUACGACUACGUAGGUAGACUUCUGAAGCCAGGAGAGGAACCGUCAGAAUAUACAGAUGAGGAAGAUACCAAGGAUCACACAAAGCAGGAUUGAACUUUGUAAAUCACCAAAGUCAGGGGCCUUUGGGACUGCAAUUUCUUAUUCCCCAUCACAGAAUGCCCUGUAUCCUUGGGUGCAAUUAAUCUGCUGCAGAAAACAACAUGAUGGGUUUUGUACAACAGCAGCCUCCUUAAUGAAGAUUUUUGUGCUGCCAAACAUUUUUGUUGUUGCAGUUAAACUGUAAUGUCUGGAAAGGCUUCAUUAACGAAGUGGGGCCAGAGAUCUAAAAUGAAAAGAAAGCUAUUCCUUUUUAGCAUGUUGAAGCCUUUGAAGAGUUCGUUAUUUACAAGCUUAAGUGUUUCAUAUGUAAUUUUUACUCCUUUGGCACUAAAUGCAAAACCUAGUUAUUUUAAGGAAUCCCAAGUAAAUUUGGCUGCUGAAACAUGUGAGAAUACUGAAAACUAGUUUCUUGGCCAUUGGUUUCCGUGACAAAAACUUGUCCAGUUCUCUGCAGAUUACACAGUAUAAUAUAGAUUCUUCUGAAGAAUAAAGGAAUUCUUUCUGCAGAAACUAUUAUCUGAAACUGCCUUCUAUGCUUUUCUUUCCCCUCAAUCAAAUCAGAAUAAUUGUGCCUUAUUUCACUUAGAGACUUGAAUUGUUUUAAGGGAAAGCCCCAAAUGUGACAUGGGUCACUAAACUGGUUAGAACAUUCAGUUGACUGGAAAACAUUGAUGUCAUUCUGUAUAUAGAAUGUAAAGGAAUACUCAGUGUUACUGCCAUAUAUAUAUAUAUAUGUUAAUAUACAUGAACUUAAUUAGCAGUGUAAUGGCCAAAUGCAUUCCCUAUUGCUUUUUAAAUAAGUCCGACUCUUCCCUUUUCCAUCCCCAUGGAGCUUCUUAAAAUUGAGGAGUAUCACAUAUCUUUGUAAAGAGAGGGGUGUGCAUGGGUGCUUGAAUACAAGGAAUGGAAGGAUGGUUCCUGCAGAUACUGUAAAUAUGAUUACCAUUUUAAUAAAGCAUGUAAAGUACCAAAUGUGCUGUCAGACUUUAUAUAGAUGCUGUUAAGCUAGUAUUGGUGGCCAGGACACUGUAUGAAAGAAAUGAAAUCUUUGAGAUAUUAAAUAUUUUUGCACUGCUAUUAAAUAAAGCUUUACCCAGUUUUCCCCCCA